GUGUCCCGCUGUCUGUUCCAGCUGUACUCCCUCUACUGUACACUCCUCUCCUCUACUGUUAUCAGACUGUUGAGCCCAGCCUGUGUGGACUGACUGAAGCAAUGAAUGCAGGCAUCUGUGUAUGUGUACUGCUGGCUGCGUUCUCUGGCAGCAGUUUGGGGCGCCCAUCGCACUCGCAGGAUGAGGACAAGCCUGAGCCCCCCCAGCUCGACAGCGUUAUGUCUCCCCAACACACACGCCACACCCGUUCAGCACCCUCCAGUGGCCAGCUCAUCCCCUUCUCCAAACCGGCAGAGGACGAGGCAGAGGACCCCCGCACCAGCCUGCGUGAACUACUGGGAAGAUUGAUAUCCAGGAAAGGAUCAUUGCAGAGGAGCUCGUCUCUGAGCAGCAGAGCCAGUGGUCCGGGUCCCAGCCACAAGAUAAAGGACAGAGACUACCUGGGCUGGAUGGACUUCGGACGCCAGCAGUGCAGAGGAGUGGUCGAGGAGUACUCCUCAUAG